AUGGACCCAUCACACGUACGGAAGCAAAAAGGGAAUAAUGCAACUGCACCUAAUGAGCUUGAGAAACAUUUCAGAGACAAGAUUCAGAGGUGGAGGGCUGCUUUGACUGAAGCAGCUAAUCUUUCUGGUUGGGAUUCACAGGGUCUGGUUGGAAUUCAAAAAAGGAUUGAGAAAAUCGAGUCAUUAUUAUGUAUUGGCUCACCAAAUGUUCGCAUGGUAUGUGUUUGGGGCAUGGGUGGUAUUGGUAAGACCACCCUUGCCACUGCUGUGUAUAACAGCCUCUAUUCUCAAUUUGAAGGUGGUUACUUUCUUGCAAACAUAAGGGAAGAAUCGAAAAGAUAUGGAUUAAAUCAUUUAGCAAAGAAACUUCUUUCUGGAUUAUUAAAGGAAGCGUAUCUAGAUAUGGGCACUCCAUUUGUGGGGUCAAAUUUUGUUGAGAAACAACUUCCCCGUAAAAGCGUCCUAGUUGUUCUUGAUGAUGUAAAUAAUUCAAAACAAUUAGAAUAUUUAGCUGGAGAGCAUGUUUGGUAUGGCCCUCGAAGUAAAAUCAUCGUAACAACUAGAGAUAAACAAGUUCUUAGCAAGAAUGCUCAAAGUAUUGAUGAGGUUGAAAUUUAUGAGGUUGAGAAGUUAGAUUGUGACGAAGCUCUCGAGCUCUUCCAUUUAAAUGCUCUGAGAAACAACUCUCUGGCAACUGAUUAUGCUGAUAUGUCAGAUCAAGCAGUAGCUUACGCAAAUGGUAUCUCAUUAGCUCUUAAAGUUUUGGGUUCGUUCCUUUGUUCCAAGAGCAAAGAAGAAUGGGAAAGUGCAUUAUUUAAACUGAUAGUAGUUCCCAACAUGGAAAUUCAAAAUGUAUUGAGACUUAGCUACGAGGGACUAGCUGAUAGAGAGAAGGAGAUAUUUCUUGAUAUGCAUGUUUCUUCAAUGGGGAUGAUAGAGAUGAUGUGCAAAGCAUACUAA